GCAGGGAACGAUGCUCUGCAGGCUCAGAGGAAGUGUGAGCACCGCUGCCUGCCGGGGACCACACACGCCUGGCACUGCCACUGGCUGGGCAAGGCGUGUCUGCAGCACCACCAUGGGCACUGCUAUGGGACUGCAGUCUGCUGGGAGGACAUGGACUCUGGGCUCUCUUGGCAUCUACCUGGGCAUCGCUGCCAUCACAUGGGGCAUGGUGUUGUGGGAGGAGGUGGAUGCCUGGAAGUACUACUACAGUGACCGAGGGGACUACACAUGGGACCAGGCCAGGAAUUACUGCCAGACCUUCUUUACCGACCUGGUGGCAAUCCAGAACAAGGAGGAGAUUGAGUACCUCAACGAGAACCUGCCCCGCCAUGGGACCUACUACUGGAUUGGCAUCCGCAAGCUGGGAGGCAUCUGGACCUGGGUGGGCACCAGGAAGGUUCUGACAAAGGAGGCAGAGAACUGGGCAGUUGGGGAGCCCAACAACCGCCGCUCCAACCAGGACUGCGUGGAGAUCUACAUCAAGCGGAAGGAGCAGUCGGGCAAAUGGAAUGACGAGCCCUGCAGCCGGAAGAAAAAGGCGCUGUGUUACAAGGCCUCCUGCCAGCCCUCCUCAUGCAGCCAGCGCGGCGAGUGCGUGGAGACCAUUGGGAGCUACCGCUGCGAGUGCUACCCCGGCUUCCACGGCCCCGAGUGCCAGUAUGUUGUGCAGUGUGCUGAGCUGAAGCCCAAGGGAGCGCACAUGAACUGCAGCCAUCCCUACGGAAACUUCAGCUACAACUCCACCUGCAUGUUUGGGUGCCAGGAGGGGUUCAAGCAGCAAGGGAUGGGCACGCUGCGGUGCCUGCCUUCCCAGGAAUGGUCAGCAGACAUCCCCAUCUGCACAGCCAUCACCUGCCCAGUGCUCAGUGCUCCAGACCAGGGAGAGCUGAACUGCUCCCACCUCCACGGAGACUUUGCCUUUGGCUCCACGUGUGCCUUCUCCUGCCAGACAGGGUUUGCACUCACGGGGUCAGAGAGCCGCCAGUGCACAGCCAUGGGGACAUGGACAGGGGAUGCCCCACGUUGUGAAGCCAUUGCCUGCCCAGUGCUCAGUUCUCCAGACUGGGGAGACAUGAAUUGCUCCCAUCUCCACGGCAAUUUCACCUUUGGCUCCACGUGUGCCUUCUCCUGCCAGACGGGGUUUGUGCUGAUGGGGCCGGAGCAUCGGGAGUGCACGGCCAUGGGGACAUGGACUGGAGACAUCCCACGCUGUGAAGCUGUCACCUGCCCUGUGCUCAAUGCACCAGACCAAGGAGAGUUGAACUGCUCCCAUCUCCAUGGGAACUUCACCUUUGGUUCUACAUGCGCCUUCUCCUGCCAGAAAGGGUUUGUGCUGAUGGGGCCAGACAUCUCUGAGUGCAUGGCCACAGGGACCUGGUCUGAAGACACUCCCCGCUGUGAAGCCAUUGCCUGUCCAGUGCUCAAUGCUCCAGACUGGGGAGAGCUGAACUGCUCCCAUCUGCAUGGGAACUUCGCCUUUGGCUCCACGUGUGUCUUCUCCUGCCAGAUGGGGUUUGUGCUGAAGGGGUCAGAGACCCGUGAAUGCAUGGCCACAGGGACCUGGACAGGGGAUGCCCCACAGUGCAAAGCCAUUGCCUGCCCAGUGCUCAGUGCUCCAGACCAGGGAGAGCUGAACUGCUCCCACCUCCAUGGAGACUUCGCCUUUGGCUCCACGUGUGCCUUCUCCUGCCAGACAGGGUUUGCACUCAUGGGGUCAGAGAGCCGCCAGUGCACAGCCAUGGGGACAUGGACAGGGGAUGCCCCACGUUGUGAAGCCAUUGCCUGCCCAGGGCUCAGUGCUCCAGACUGGGGAGAACUGAACUGCUCCCAUCUCCAUGGCAAUUUCACCUUUGGCUCCACGUGUGCCUUCUCCUGCCAGACGGGGUUUGUGCUGAUGGGGCCGGAGCGUCGGGACUGCACGGCCAUGGGGACAUGGACAGCACAUGCCCCACGCUGUGAAGCCAUCAAAUGCUCAGCACUGACCACCCCGAAGAUGGGCCAGGCUUCCUGCUCCCACCCACUUGGGGACUUCACCUUUGGCUCCAGGUGUGCCUUCUCCUGCCAGAAAGGGUUUGUGCUGAUGGGGCCAGAAAGCCGCAAGUGCACAGCCAUGGGGACCUGGACUGGGGACACCCCACAAUGCAAAGCCAUCAGCUGCCCAGUGCUGGCCCCCCCCAGCCGAGGCCAGCUGAGCUGCUCUCACGUGCAUGGGAACUUCACCUACAACUCCACGUGCACCUUUUCCUGUGAGGAGGGGUUUGUUCGGAUGGGAGCAGAGGUGCUCUGGUGUGAGGCCACAGGGAACUGGACCAGGCAUCCUCCUGUCUGUGCGGAGGAUGGUGCCUUCUUAAAGCAAGUCCUGGCUUACAGCAGUGGCACAGCCCUGACAGUAGCUGGUCUUGUGCUCUCUGGGGGGCUCAUUGCCAUCCUUGCCAAGCGCCUCAGUGACAGAGAGGAGAAGAAGAAGCUCCUGAACCCCACCAGUGACCUAGGAUCACCAGGCAUCUUCACCAAUGCAGCGUAUGAUGCCAACCUGUGAGCCUGCCCAUGACUGAACCCCACUGUGUCCCCCAGUGCUGCAGGCCCAGCAGGAGCUGCUGGUGGGGCCCAGAGGGACUCCAUGCCUAGAGCUGCAGCCCGGACCAGCACUGCCUGUGGAGACUGUGCCCACACUGCACAUACCACCAGGAGGGGAAGCUGCCUCCAGGAAAGGUGGCUGGAGACCUGUCUGGGGCCAUGGGCCACUGUCUCAUGUGGGCAGCCUGCUGCUCGACCCGUGGACAUUCCCUGUGAAUUUGGACAUUCCCCCUCAGCUGCCCCAGGGACAGGCUUGUC